UCAGAUUACAUGCCGCUUCCUCUGGAGCCACAAAAGGUUUACACUUCAAUAUGUAAAAAUGGUGGCGUUACCCUUUAAAAUCCUAACAGUUUAACUAGCUGGAUUAACUCUGAUCUCUAACUUGACCAUGUAUUUUCCCCUCGGUAUACCACAUUAUAUCUCCCUCAGGGCACAGGCGUCAUUCUGACAGUGUGACAUCAGUGUGUUUAUUAGUGUUUGACUGUAAGUGUAAUGGUUAAAGCCGUCCUUGGGUGUCUCAGCCCUGCCUGUGGUCACCUAUAAGCCUAUUGGGAUCUUAUAUGAGAUGGUGAUGGGCUUAGAUGUCACUGGUGGUGGUGGGGGCUGUCCUCCGUGCAAGAGCAUUAGUGGAGCUAUAAGCAGUCAUAGCAGUGGGAUCUCUCAGCUCCUUAGGAGUCGGUACAUUCUCUGCCAAGUCACUUGCAAACAGAUGCACCUGUAGGUUUGUGGACAUGUUCGGCAAGUUUAAGGGCCUUUUCAGUGGCCCGCAGCCACCGGCAGCUUCAGGGACCCCCAAAGCAUCACCUGCCCCUGCCCCUGCCCCUGCCCCUGCCCCUGCCCCGGCCCCGGCUCCGGCUCCGGCUCCACCUCCUGCUCCAGCUCCAGCUCCAGCCAAGGAGGAGAAGCCAGCUAAUAAGGAGAAUGAGGCCAAGACGGUGGACAAGCCGCAGGAGUCGGCUCCGGCCCCAGCCAGUGCUUCUACUCCUGCUCCGGCACCAACACCGGCCCCGGCCCCGGCACCUGCUCCAGCUCCAGCCCCUGCAGCGGCUCCAGCUAACCCUGAUCAAGCUGCUCCUGAAGGCCAAGAGGAGGCCCCACCUCCCCCUCCACCCAUUGUCAUCAACAAGUAUUCAGAUGAACAGCUCCGAGCCAUCAUCAAACGGAUGCGAGAGAGACUGGAGCUGUACAGGGAGAAAGUUGUGGACCAGUAUGCCUCAUCCCCAGAGAUCAGCCCUCCUGUCACACCUCUGCUUCUCAAAGAUGACUACACAAGAGUCAUAGAGGAGAGGAAAAGGCAAGCAGAGGAGGAUCGUAUAAAGAAGGAGGAGGCCGACCAGAAGAAAAAGGAGGAGCAGGAGAAGAAGAAGAAGGAGGCAGAGGAGAAGAAGAAAGAGGAUGAGGAGAAAAAGAAAGCAGAGGCUGCAGAGCAGGAGAAAACCGUGGAGAAGAAGGCCUUGCAGACAAGGUUGAAAGAAGCCUACUGGUCUACGGUGGACGCUCUGCUGAAGCCCAUCGAGGAUCAGAUGGACUCUGUGCUUGGGACGACCAUCGACCCUUUCACUGACCGUCGCUACAUCGCCUGGCUGAGCCUGGUGACCCUGGCCUUCAACUACAAUGUCUGGUUUGUCACGGCCCGCCUGUGUUUCCCUUACCACAAUGAGAGCGCCAACCCUCAGUGGCUCGCCAUCGAUUUGGUGGCAGACCUCAUCUACUUAGUAGACGCCAUCAUCUUCCAGCCGCGCAAGCAGUUUGUCAAAGGAGGAGACAUCAUAAAAGACAGAGUGAUGACAAAGCAGAACUACAGGGACUCGGAGAGAUUCACGGCGGACAUGAUCUGCCUCCUUCCGUUCGACUUGCUGUACUUCCAGUUUGGAUUCAAAUCCAUUUUCAGAGCCAACCGUCUGCUGAAGGCAGAUACAUUUUUCGAGUUCAGCGAUCGACUGGAGAGCAUCAUGGCCAAGGCUUACAUCUGGAGAGUGAUUCGGACCAUCGGCUAUCUUCUCUUCAUGCUCCACAUCAACGCCUGCAUCUACUAUGUGGCGUCAGACUACCAGGGCAUCGGGAAAACUAAAUGGGUCUACUCUGGUGAAGGCAGCGCUUACCUCAGCUGCUUCUUCUAUGCGGAGAAGUCCCUGCUGAUGAUCGCUGAGUUGCCGAUUCCAGACACCAUGUUCGGACAGAUCUUUCAGAUGACAAACUACCUUUUUGGGGCAUUGUUUAUGUCCAUCUUUCUUGCCCAGAUGAGAGAUGUCAUCGGUGCAGCCACAGCAGGGCAGACGUACUUCCGAGCCUCCAUGGACGGCACCGUGGAGUACAUGGUGAACAACAACAUCCCUGCUUUAGUGCAGAACCGAGUCCGCACCUGGUACACCUACACCUGGGACGCACAGGGCAUGCUGGAUGAGUCCGAGCUGCUGGACAAGAUGCCUCUGGUGAUGAGAACCGCCAUCGCUGUGGACAUCAACCUGUCAACCUUUCAGAAGAUUGAUCUUUUCAAGGGCUGUGACCAGCAGAUGUUGGUGGACAUGUUGCUGAGGCUCAAGUCUAUCAUCUACCUACCUGGAGACUUUGUCGUGAAAAAAGGUGACAUCGGUAAAGAGAUGUACAUCAUUAAGAGUGGAGCGGUGCAGGUGGUGGGAGGUCCUGACAACAGUAUUGUGUUUGUCACGCUGAAGGCCGGAUGUGUGUUUGGAGAAAUCAGUCUGCUGCAGUCAUCUAAAGAUGGAGGCAACAGGAGGACAGCUAAUGUAAAAGCGUACGGCUUUGCAAACCUCUUUGUCCUGGAGAAGAAAGACCUGUUUGACAUCCUGGUGCACUACCCCGAGUCUCAGAAAGUGUUGGCCAGGAAGGGAAGGAAGCUAAUGAGGGCGAAGGGUCCAGCCGCAGCUAAAGCAGAAGAGGAGAAGAAGAAAGGACUGGCGCUGUUCGGACCCAAACCGCCCACACCCAAACUGCUGCGUGCUUUCGGCGGAACCAUUAACAGAGGAAUUAUCGACAAAAUGAAGAAUGCUGCUUGACACCACUGAGGAUCUUAUUAUUUUUUUUUUUACGACUCCUUUUUGGGAGUGGAUGUACAGUUUUAUUUUCAACCUCUUACUACUCUUUUGUAAUGAGUGCUGUCAUUUUCAGAUGUUGUUUAAAAUGUCAAGCAGGGCUGUCUACGUUAAG